AAAAAACAAGAGUGGGGGAAUUUUCUUAGGUUCUUUAAGAGCAUUCAGCAACUUGUAAUUCACUUUCAUUAAGUUGAUGAAGAAAUGGAUCUGUCUUGCCCUCACUUCCUCAAUAGAUACUCACCAAUUCUUUCAUUUGAAGGCAUCCAUUCCGUACAUUUCCUCCAUUUUAAAGCUUCUUGCACUCUUUCAGUUGAUCCCACGACGCCAUCCAUUACAAGUGGGUAUUGUCCUGUGGACCGUUUUAUGGUCGCAAGCCGGGCCCAUACUCUUUUGAAUUCCAUUAAAUACAUAAGUUUCAACUUUUUUCUUCUCACCAUUCUCAUAUACUAGUUCUUGAAAACAAAAUGAGAAUGUCAAUGUCUAUUUGCAAACAAACAAGUCAUUUGCUGCACAUUCCGACUAGUGGGAUCGAUUUGAAAGACUUAUGUCGUUGGCCGCAGAAGGAGAAGGUGGUAGUGGUGAUGGGAGCAACCGGGACGGGAAAAUCCCGGCUGUCCAUCGACCUGGCCACACGUUUCCCAGCCGAGAUAGUGAAUUCAGACAAAAUGCAGGUUUACGAAGGAUUAGACAUAGUCACAAACAAAAUCACCAAGGAAGAGCGUUGUGGGGUACCCCACCAUCUUCUGGGUGUAGUUGAUCCAAAUAAGGAUGUUUCUGCUACAACUUUUUGUACCAUGGCUUCUCUUGCCGUGAACUCUAUAGUUCGCCGUGGACAGCUUCCAAUCAUUGUUGGAGGGUCGAAUUCCUUCAUCGAGGCAUUGAUCGAUGAUGAAGAACAUGAAUUUCGAUCCAAAUAUGAAUGUUGUUUUCUUUGGGUGGAUGUAUCUAUGCCCGUGUUGAACUCAUUUGUGUCACAUCGCGUUGAUAGGAUGGUGGAAAGGGGAAUGAUAAAUGAGGUAAGAAACAUGUUCAAUGAAAAUGCAGACUAUUCAAGAGGGAUCAGAAGGGCAAUUGGAGUUCCUGAAUUUCAUCAUUUUUUCCGGGGUGAAUCAUUAAUCUCAGACGAAGAAACCCGUGCUAGACUACUCGAAGAGGCAAUAAAUGCGAUCAAAAUCAAUACAAGAAAAUUAGCACAUCGCCAGCGGAAAAAAAUAUCCCGUUUGAAAAAACUUAAGGGGUGGAAGAUACACCAGCUUGAUGCCACCGACGCUUUUAGGAAUCGGGGCAGAGAAUCCGACGAAGCGUGGGAGAAUCUGGUGGCGGGGCCGAGUACUGAAAUAGUUAGUCAAUUCUUGUACAAUUUUCACCCUCUGGUUUACAGUAAUCUCAUGGGAAUGAGAGCAGUAAAAGCAGCUGCAACUCACACAUAAUCUGCAUAAGUUUCUCAAAUAAUGGAGACCUGAUGCUGAGGUUGAGCCAAAUUGAGUCUUAAUACAGUUUUGGAACCUUUCGUCAUUGGAUUUUUUUCUUUGGAUAUGCUUUUGAUUUGUAGCAGGGACAAAGCUUUUCUGAUAUGCACUGGAUUUCAAGAAUUGUUAAGCUUAUGUUUUAACCUGCCAGCCAGACCUCUAUAAAAUUAGUUUUCCUACAUUAAUUUUUGCUAGUUUGAGAUGGGGUAGAAUUUACAAGUCUAAAUUAACUCGCUAUCGGCUACAUAAAUGCUU